AUGGCUAAAAAAUUGAAUAAUGGAAUAGCUUAUAAAAAUUAUCUUUUAAAUUAUGAAUGGGAUUCUGAUUUAGAUGAAGAAUGUAGUGAAGAAGAUUAUUUUUUUCCUUCUAUUAUAAAAGAUAAAUAUAUUGUUAAUUCAUUUUCACCUGAAGAUAUAAUGGCAUCUAUAAAACCUACUGAUGAUGGUACAUUAAAAGUAAAAAAUAUGGAUAUUACAAAUAUGUCCAUGGAAAAUGGAUACAAAAAUGGAAUAAAAAAAAUUAAAACAUAUAAAUGGUUUCCAUCAUUUAGAAUGUUAACUGCAUCACUAUUAUGUUUAUGUUUUGCUAGUGUACAUAUGAUGAAUUCAAAUAUGGGAAUGGCAAUGGUAUGUAUGAUUAAUUCAACAGAAUAUGUCACACCAAAUGAUACUAAAUUAGAAAUGUUAAUAAAUACAAAUUCAACUGGAGCACCCAGAGUAUCAUGGAGUACCGAGGAACAAGGAUAUGUUCUUGGAGCAUUUAAUGCUGGUUUAUUUUGUAUGCUUUUAAUUGGAAUGUUUUCAGAUAAAUUUAAUUCUAAAUAUAUGACAAUAGUUGCUGUAAUUAUUGCUUCAACAGCUAAUAUUAUAAUACCAUUAUUAGCAUACAAAUCUGUAUAUUAUGUUAUUUUUGCUAGAUUUUUAGUUGGUUUAGGUGAUGCAUUUUUACAACCUGCUGUCAAUUCAUUAUUAACACGUUGGUUUCCAAGAAAUGAAAGAGCUUAUGCUUUUGGUAUUGUAACUGGUGGUCGACAAAUUGGUACAUUAUUAAUUGUAUCAAGUUCUGGUGCUUUAUGUUCACAGACAGUAUUUAUGAAUGGAUGGCCAUCUAUCUUUUAUUUAUCAGCAUUUUUUGGUGUAUUUUUUAUUAUUAUUUAUAUAAUACUUGGUGCUGAUAAACCAUCAAAACAAAGUUGUAUUAGUGAAGCUGAGUUAAAUUAUAUUGUUGCAUCAACAGCAUCUGAAAAUAUGGGACAAAAAAGAAUUGAAACAAAGACACCAUGGAUUAAACUUAUAACAUCAUUACCUGUCUGGGCAGCCAUAUUUUCUGUUGUCUGCCAUGAAAUACCUUUAAUGACAAUGAUAAUGUUUUUACCAUCAUAUUUACAUGAUGUUCAUCAUUUUUCACCAACAACUAAUGGUAUUGUAUCAUCACUUCCAACACUUGCUAUGUGGAGUUCUAAAAUAAGUUCAUCAUACAUGACAUCAUUUUUAGAAAGAAAAACAUCAUGGAGAAAAUCUACAAUAUGUAAAUUUAUGAAUGGAAUUGGUUCAUUUGGUUUAGCUGUUUUUUUAAUUAUUCCAAGUUUUAUAUCAAAUGAAACAUCAUGGUUGGCUGUGGUUUGUCUUUGUGCAUCAAUGUUUUGUGCUGGAAUGCAUACACCAGGAUGCCAGGCUGCCCUAGUAUCUAUAGCACCAGCAUUUUCAGGAGCACUUACAGGAUUAACAUUUUUUUUUGUUGCCAUAUCAGGAAUCAUUCACCCAAGUUUAACAAAAUUUAUUGUACAAACUGGUUCAGCAUUUGAAUGGAAUAUUGUAUUUUAUGUUUCAGCAUUUGUUUCAGUAUUACCAUGUAUCAUAUUUACAAUAUGGGGUACAGCUGAUGUUCAAUCAUGGGCACAGGCUUCUAAAAAAGAACCUACCUAUGAUAGUAAUAUUCAGACAAUCUCUGAAACAACCUCAAAUUUGUAUUCAGAAAAUUUAUCUUUAUCUCAACAAUCAAUAUUAAAAAGAACAAAAAGUGAUAAAAUUAAUAAUGAAACAAUAUUAAAUUAUGCUAUGGAUGAAGCUAGUUUAGCCGGGUAUUUAACAAAUAAAGAAAAGAAUUAA